CUCUGCAGCCAAAUUCGGAAGGCGUAUCUGGGCGGUCAUUUCUCGUUUUGGUUGACGAAUUUCAAGUAGGUACCUUUUCUCACGAAUUCUGCUUCUUUAAAGCUAACAUGGCCGUUCCUAUAGCGAUCUUAGACUGCGAUCUGCUCCUACACGGCCGAGGCCACAAGACUCUGGACCGCUUUGACCUGGACUCCGUCUCAGACGACUUCCUCUUGACUCACUUCGGCUUCCCGAGACAUUUCAUCUUGUACCUGGUGGAGUUACUCAGAGAGUCUCUGAGCAGACGAACCCAGAGGUCCAGAGCCAUCAGUCCUGAGGUGCAGGUCUUGGCUGCAUUGGGCUUCUACACAUCUGGCUCAUUCCAGACGUCGAUGGGGGACACGAUAGGGAUCAGCCAGGCGUCCAUGUCCAGGUGUGUGUCCCAUGUGACCAAAGCGCUGGUGGAGAAAGCACCGCAGUUCAUCACUUUCCACAGAGCUCUCUCCAGCAGAGAGCAGUCCUUUCAGGAGUUUCAGAGGAGGGCAGGGUUUCCAGGAGUCCUUGGGGUUCUGGAUUGUGUUCAGGUCCCAAUCAAAGCUCCGAACAGCGAAGACUUUACGUACGUCAAUAAGAACUGCUUUCACUCAGUGGCCUGUCAGCUGGUUUGUGACGCCCGAGGGUUGCUACUCAGCGCUGAAACGCAGUGGCCUGGUGGACUCGAGGAAACGGUUAUUCUGGAAAGGUCUGCUGUCUACAAACAGCUGAAGGACAUUGAGGAGGGCUGGCUACUGGGUGACUGUCGUUAUCCGUUGAGGAAGUGGUUGAUGACCCCGGUCGAGCACCCAGAAUCCCCCGCGGAGUUUCAGUACAACCUGUCCCACGCCACGACACAUGAGAUCGUAGACAGAACCUUCAGAGCCAUCCAGACCAGGUUCAGAUGUCUGGACGGCACCAACGGAUGGCUGCAGUAUUCUCCGGAGAAGAGCUCGUCCAUCCUGCUGGCCUGCUGCGUCCUCCACAACGCCUCGCUCCAGUCCGGACUGGACGCCUGGACCCUGGAGAGGACCGAGCCCCUCGAGCAGCCCAGGAGCCUCGAGCAGAGACCCGAGAACCGCGACCGCCAGGCGGAGGAGCUCCGGCAGCGCCUCAUCCUGAAGCACUUCAGCCGAGCGCAGGAACAAUGAAGGCCACAGACACGGCGCUGCUGAUGCAGUUUUUAAUAUUUUGCUUGUUUCUACUCUACGGACUACACUAAGAUAACAUGUUGGUAUAUGAAGGAACAUGCAGGAAGCUAUACAACAAGGACUUCUGACCUCCUGUGGAAGAGCUCGUCACUCUCAGGACAUUCACCCAAAUCAACAAACUGCUGGAGAGUUUCUGGAAUAAACGCUCCACGAGCCGUCAAACUCUUUACACAUUAAAAAAAUAAAAAUGCCCCACCCUAUUUAUUUACUUUUUCGUUAAUUUCCACCCCCAGAAUUUAUUUUUAUCUUUUGCUUUUCCACAGGAAGUUCCACAGGUACAGUUCAGGAAAUUAACACACAAAAGAGGCCCUUAUUUACAACAACAAAUGAAGUCAUCGUUU